ACUUUGUUAUAGAAGAUUUAAAGAUUAGCGGGAGAAGUCGUCCCUGUCAAAGUUGUGACAGUUUCGUUUUGUCAGAGCGGCUUCCUGAAAAACUUUUUCUGCCGCUGACGUGUUCAAGUGCUCCUCGUAAAAUGCGGUCUCCAAUCUGAGUGACAACAAUCCAUGCCCUAAAAAAGACAUGUAAAUGGCGUAAGGGAGUUUUGUUUUGUAACUGUAGAAGGCAGAAGUGACUUUGUGUGGACGAGGCACGAGCCAACUCGCUGACAGAAACAUCUUUCAACAUAAACAUGUAUUUUUACAAGGAGCAAAGGUUCAUAUCAUAAACGUCGUUGGGAUUUGGCCAAAUGCAACGGCCCGGACAUGAGAUUCAACGCAGAAACCCAACAAAGGAAGCCCUACGGGUGGAAAAUGAGAACUUGCUUCUAACUGUAUGCUUACAACGAGUUCUUCCAAUUUGAUUGACUGAAGAUUGACGCGAUGUUGCAGUUCUUCAAUGUGACCCCCAGAGGGCCUGCUACUCAGACUUCACCUCCACUUUUCAUCGAAAGAUGCGCACUUCCAUUACAGCGAUCAUUCGAGGACCAUGGCAUACGGAGGCGACAUUUGUCAAAUUGAUUCUGACUCUGACUUUGAGAACAUGGGGGACAGUGAACCAGGUCACGACUCCUUCCAGCUCUUUGCAGAGCCAGCUGCCGGCACCCAGAGGUGCCCUGAAACCCUACAGAUGGAUGUUUUUAGGGACUUUACCGGCGCAGAUGCAGAACGUCAGCCAUUUUCUGCCAGUGGCCCCAUCAGAGGCGAGCCCUUCGACGGCGGGCAGCCCAGGGCUCUGCAGAGGCAUCGCUGGUCGGCCGCCACCUUAAAGGUCCUCUCCGCGAUGCCCAGUCGCGCUGCUGCAGUUUCGCGGCGACACCAGGCCUCGCCCUGUGCCACCUCGCGCCCCCCUGGAACCAUCCCAAGUGACCUGGAACCGGCAGAUGUGGAGGAAAUAACUUCUGAGGGGAAACAGAAAAUGCCACAGUUCCCGGAGAACACCGAGAAGCAGCAGCUGGUCCUCCACCUCCGAGGCCUCCCGCCGGGCGAGGCCAUGCGCAGGCUGCGGGCCGCGGCGCUCAGCCUGGCCGAUAAGAAGGACGUCAGGCGACUUGCUUUCAGCGAUGCGGCCCCGAGUUCCCGCAACAGCAGAAGUGUGUCGUGCCACUGUCGUCUACGUGUGCACAUGAGCAGGACUUGGGGUCAUUGCCUCUCCGGCUGCCUCCACGGCCUCACGUCCCUCCAGUUGUGGCAUUCGCCCAUGAAGAGACUGAGCGGGCGCUUCGGGACCGGGGUGCUCUCCUACUUCCUGUUUCUACGGACCCUCCUGCUCUUCAACCUCCUCCUCUUUGUCAUCUUAGGCCUGUUCCUGGUCCUCCCUCAAGCCGCCAACCCUCCUCCUCACGUUUCCCACCGGCACCCUUUCACGGGCCUCGAGCUCCUCACGGGGAUGGGCUAUUUCAUCAACCAGAGCGUGAUGUUUUACGGCUACUACACCAACGGCGGGCUCCAAACCUGCCGUCCCGGGUCCCCGGGUGUCCCGGGCUGUGAAACCGACAGGCCCCAGUACAGCAUACCCGCGGCCUACUUCUUCACCAUCGUCGUCUCCUUCCUCAUCAUCUGCAUCAUCCUCGUGUACAGCGUGUCCAAGUCCUUUGGGCGAAAUUUUCAGGUCCUCGCGUCUAACGGAAACUGGACUGUAAAGGUUUUCUGCUCCUGGGACUUUAAAGUCAGCAAAGAGACGCCCGUCAAGCUGCAGUCUGAGAAAAUCUGCACACAGCUCAAGGAGCUGCUGUCGGAGGUGAUCCGUGGGGAAAAUGAAAAGAGCCGCACGCAGCGACUGCGCCACCUGAUCGUGCACCUGACGACGUGGGCGACAUGUCUGGGAAGCAUCUCUCUCGGCGUCGUGGUAGUCCACCAUCUGUCAGAGACUGCCAUUAAGCAGCGCUCUUUCAAAGAAGCCCAGCUGAUGCUCUUGUCUGCAGCGGUGUCCGGCUUCAACCUUUUACUCCCCAGCUUCUUCAACCUGUGUGCUUGGGUGGAGAAUCAUGACUCGCCCAGCGUACGCGUCUAUGUCUCCAUCUUCAGAAACCUCCUGUUGAAGGUCAGCAUUGUUGGAGUGCUGUGUUUUCGCUGGCUUGGGAGAAUUGCCUUGGAACCAGAAAAGUAUGGUUUAGAGUGUUGGGAGACCUUUGUGGGGCAAGACCUGUAUCGCUUGCUGUUGAUGGACUUUUUCUUCACUCUGCUCUACAGUCUUUCAGGAGAGUUCCUUUGGAGGCUUUUUUCCACGAAAAUUCUAAAGAGGGAAAGGAUGCCAGUGUUUGACAUCGCUCGUAAUGUGCUUGAACUCAUAUACGGACAAACCCUUACCUGGCUCGGGAUGCUGUUUGCCCCACUGCUUCCAGGGGUCCAGAUCAUAAAAUUGUUUUUGUUAUUUUGCACGAAGAAGACCAGUCUGAUGCUCAACUGUCAGGUGUCCAGAAAGCCCUGGAGGGCCAGUCAGAUGACAACGGUGUUCAUCUCGCUGUUGUGCUUCCCCUCGUUUCUCGGAGCUGCUGUGUCCGUCGGUUACGUCAUUUGGAAGAUUAAACCCUCGUCGAGGUGCGGCCCUUUCAGGAAUCUGACCACGAUGUUUCAGUCGGGGAUGAUGCGGGACCAGCAGCUGGAGAACAGCCACCCGAUCCUGUCUUGGCUCAACUGGGCCUACAACGCUCUGCUGGAGAAGCCACUGUUCUUAUUCCUGGUCGCUGGGGUCUUUCUAUUGGUGAUAUACAUUCGCACUCAAGUUGUUGAUGGCCAAAUAAGAAUCAUCAGGCGGUUAGAAAAACAAAUUGAAAAUGAAGGUAAAGACAAAGAGUUCCUCAUCGCCAAUUUGCAAGCCAUUUAUGAACGGAGUGGCCUGGAUUCCCCUCAUUGAUAAUGUGGGCAGAGUCACCACUGUAACCUCUCUGUGGUCGGAACACAACUUCACUGUUUGCCGUCUUGUGAAUGACCUCAUUUCUGAUCUAAAAAGGCUUUCUGUGUGAACACUAUCUUCCAUGUGCUGUGUUUUCGUCUUCAUUUCUCUCCCCAUUCUGUGGCUGAACAGAGCAAAGGCUCUAGCAUCGCAAGGAUAUGAUGUAAUCGGGGAUGUGGCGCUGGGCUGCAGCAGACGGCUGAGAACAAACGUGAAAGCAAAACCAUUAACCGUAAUAAUGUUCAGUGUUCUAUUCAAAUCCAGGCCAUUUUCACAGUAUUAUUGAUAUAUUUAUACAUAGAGCUCCCUUACAUAUGUCAGGAUAUGUUUUUGUAUCUGUCGUUUUCUCAUUCUGUCUAUAUGAAAAUUAUUCUGCAUUGUAUACAUGUUACGUCAUGUACUAUGUUAAAGGCUUGGUUAUAUUUGUUAUUGCUCUAUAACCCAUAUUGCACCUUCUUCCAGCUAAAUGGAAAAUAAUGCCGCCAUAUGAUAUAGCUGAAUAUUUUUUUUAAAACGAGACACAUCAACACCAUGCAAAACAUUUCUUCUGUGUUAUUUAAAAAACAACAACUAAUAAACGGGUAGUGAGAUACAGAAAAGUAUUUUGGCAGCGUCUUGUGAAUUGUGUUCAGUUUUGUUUUAUCAAAAGAGGGUUACAAGAUCUUUUAAACAUGUUCCACUGCAGGUACCCUCAAAUCACUCUGUAUGGCACUUUGUAUCCUCACACCACAGAGGGGAAACCACAGCGUGCAUGUACGGGAUGUCAUACUUAGA